UUCCACCAUUCAGCUAACUUAGAUAAUUUUUUCCGGUACACCGGAAUUCGAGAUGCAAGGAGGAGAAGGGGUGGUGGUGAGAGGCCGAGUCGAGAUCGACACUCGACAGCCGUUUCGCUCCGUGAGAGAGGCCGUGAUGUUGUUCGGAGAGAAAGUGCUCGCCGGAGAAGUCUACGGCAACAAACUCAAAGAGAUGCAAAACAAAGCAAAAAACCAGCCAUCAAAGCUGGGAGCAGUGAAAGCAGAGCUAGAAGAAACCAAAGAAACCCUAUCAAAGGCAAAAGAAGAAGGAAAUCUCAUGGCUCACUGCUUAAAUUCACUAAGGCAAGAACUCGAACAGACGAAAAAGGAGCUUCGACACCUCAAAACAAGAGAAACCCUAUUCGAACGAGAGGUCGAAGAGGUCAAAUUCAUCGACAACACCAAAGACAUCGUGGAGAUGAAGCAUGAAGGCAAGAUUGAGCUGCAGAAGAAGAGAUCGGUCAAGUUUGCUAGCCCGCAGCUGCUGACGAAGGUGCUGGAUGACGAAGAGUUGAAGAAGAAGACGAAGAAGAAGAAGAAGCCGUUGGUUCCGUUGAUCGGAGGGUUGUUCUUGAAGAAGAUCAAGAAGGGAGCUAAGGAGAGUGAAUCUUGAAUUUUUCUUUCUUUAGUUCAAAGAUGUUUUGCAUGAAAAUGGAAGGAUUUUACUUUUUUUUAGAGAUUACUCGAAAUGUUGGUUGUAAACACAGAUAAAAUGAGAUCUCUUGAGAUCGAAAUCCUUCUUUUUUCAUGUUUUGUUACUAUUAAUUGAAAGUGGUUGUUUGAGGUUAA